AUGACUUUGGCCACUUCUCUCGAUGCCUCGUUCAAACCAUCUCCCAGUCGUGUUCGUACCAGCAACUGGGCUGAUGGCCUCCGAGGUAUCGCCGCCGUCUUUGUUGUAGCCAGUCAUACCACUCUGUGUUUCGCCAGAUACGUCGUUCCUCCGUCGUUCAGUGAAACCGGUCAUAUUGCCCUCUUUCAACGUCCGUUCCUGCGCCUCGUGGGCCAGGGUCAAAGCUUUGUGGCGAUAUUCUUUAUUCUCCUCGGCUUCGUCAACUCGCUCAAAGCCGUUCAGCUCGCUCGCACCGGUGCCGUGCAUGAUGCUCUGGCCUCCUUGGCCACCAGUGCAUUCCGUCGUACCGGACGACUAGUUUUCCCUGCGGCUCUCGUCACCGUCAUCGUUUGGUUCUUUUGCCAAUUGGGGGCGUUUCAGGUAGCGUUGAAGGUUGAUGCCUUUUGGUUGCAAACCACGAGUCCUCGGCCUAGUCGGUCGUGGGGAGCAGCUGUAGCGGAUCUUCUCCGUCAGCUUUUCUCCACCUGGAUCUAUGGCGAUAAUGCAUAUGACCAGCCUCAGUGGGCGCUCGUUUAUCUCUUCAAGGGCUCGUUAUACGUCUUUAUGACCUUGCUGGCAACCGUUAAUGCCACCCCGCGGUUCCGACUCUUCACCGAGCUGGUCCUCUACAUGUGGAGUUGGGCCAUUGGAGAUGGUAUCGUUGGAUUGAACGUCUUCGCUGGGAUGAUCAUGGCCGAAUUCUCAUUUCAUCCAAUUUACAAAUUCCCCCAGACCUCUCGACUUCCCUCGAUUCUACCUUCCUGUCUCCUCAUUCUGGGGUUGUACCUCUGCUCAUUCCCAGACCAAUUCUACGACCAAACUCCAUGGUCUGCGCAACUGGCACAUAUCGGUGGCGCCAUCAUUCCUUCUAAUGCCAGUAUGGGCCGCUACUUCGCCGCAUGGGGUGGCCAGAUGGUCUGCCUGGCAGUAUUCCUCUCGCCCUCUUUCCGUCGAUUCUUUUCCCAUCCCUCCUUUCUCUGGCUGGGAAGCAUCAGCUACUCGUUGUAUCUCCUGCAUGGCCCACUAAUGCGCUCCGUUAUGACUUACAUGCUUUACAUCCCCGCCAUUUUCACCUUUACCCCAGCCCUGCGCGAGGACGGUUCCCCCGAUCCCGGUUCACUUAUCCCCGACCCGAGCUUCGUGCGUUUAUGUCUGUUCCUACCCGUCUUCUUUACAUUCGUCUUGGCAGUCUCUAGGCUAUGGACAGUCAAAGUUGAACCCCGAUUAGGAGCGGCUUCGGAUUCGUUCGAGAGGUUUGCUCGGACCUGGGGACGGGGGUAUGUUCCUAGAUCACCAAAGGUUGAUCAUGAUACUUUACUUCCGAUGGCGGUUAAGGAGUAG